AUAUUUCCGUUCCUCCUCCUACCACCAGCACCAGGUCUCUGUUUCUCCAGUCUCCCACCAUCCUCCCUCAUCCCAAAUCAAACCACCUCCCCGUCGCGUCGAUCCCAAUCUGACCACCCCCAAAACCCUAACCCUCACUCGCCUCCUUGAACGGCGGCGGAGGCGUGAGAUGGCUGCGCGGUCGUAAGCAUUUCGGAGGCGAUCGCGGAGGUGGGGGCUUCCCUUGACCCGCCAGCGGUGUAGCUGGUGCCCGGCCUGUGGGUAUGGCGACGUCGUCGUCGGCUGGCGGGGGCGGUGCCGCCGGGGGCGCUCCUGGACUGAAGACUUACUUCAAGACUCCCGAGGGCCGGCAUAAGCUGCAGUACGAGAAGACCCACUCCCCCUCCGUGCUGCACUACAACCACGGCGCUGGUGGAAAGACUGUUUCCGAGAUGACGGUGGCAUAUUUGAAGGAGAAACCAGUGGGGCAGGGCUCUACACCUUCAACACCAAGUUCCAGCAGUGGCAUGCGAUCUGCAGCUGCGAGACUGCUUGGUACUGGGAAUGGGAGCCGGACACUUAGCUUUGCAGGCAGCAACGGUGUCAGUAGGGCUGUUUCAGGGAGCAGCCGUGUGGGUGGCGGCGUUGGUAUGUCAACGGGCAUUGGUGGAUCUCAAGCUGUGGUGAAUUAUGAUGGCAAGGGAACAUACAUCAUCUUCAAUACCGCAGAUACACUGUUCAUUAGUGAUCUCAACUCACAUGACAAAGAUCCAGUAAAGUCCAUCCACUUCAGCAACUCAAACCCGCUUUGUCAUGCAUUUGACUCGGAGGCCAAAGAUGGGCAUGACCUGAUUGUUGGAGUAUGGUCAGGAGAUGUCUAUUCGAUGUCAUUGAGGCAACAGUUGCAAGAUCCUGGAAAGAAGCCUGUUGCGUCUCAACAUUUUAUCAAUAAAGACAAAGAUGGAACUGCCAACAGCCGGUGUACUUGUGUUGCAUGGGUUCCAGAGCGUGAAGGCAUUUUUGUUGUCAGCAAUGCUGAUGGGAAUCUGUAUGUGUAUGACAAAUCAAAGGAUGGAAAUGCUGACUGGGCAUUUCCAACUGUAAAGGAUCAAAAUCAGCUGGCGAUUUCACACGCAAAGUCCAGUAAGAGCAAUCCUACAGCAAGAUGGCACGUCUGUCAAGGUGCAAUCAAUGCCAUUUCAUUUUCCCCGGAUGGAGCUUACAUGGCAACUGUUGGGCGAGAUGGUUAUUUAAGAGUAUUUGACUUUGCGAAAGAACAACUAAUAUUUGGUGGGAAAAGUUACUAUGGUGCUCUUUUGUGUUGCUCAUGGAGUGCGGAUGGAAAAUAUAUAUUAUCAGGUGGGGAAGAUGAUCUUGUGCAAGUAUGGAGCAUGGAUGACAGAAAGAUGGUUGCAUGGGGCGAGGGGCAUACAUCAUGGGUGCUACUAUCAUUACAGUUGUCUUUAUUUAGCAGCAUAUUGAUGCUUUUAUCAGAACUUCCUAUUUUGAUGCAGAUCUCCUUUUCUGGUUUGCAGGUUAGCGCAGUUGCCUUCGAUUCAUAUUGGUCCCCUCCAAGUUCUGAUGACGCAGGAGAAAAUGUCAUGUAUCGCUUUGGUUCUGUUGGCCAGGAUACCCAACUUCUUCUCUGGGAUUUGGCAAUGGAUGAGAUUGCUGUGCCACUUCGACAUCCUUCCAGCGGCUCCCCGACAUUUAGCAGUGGAAGCCCUUCUGCACACUGGGACAGUGCAUGCCCUCCUCCUACUGGUGUUCUUCAGCCGUCUCCACGGAUGCGAGACGUACCAAAGCUCUCACCCCUUGUUGCACACAGAGUACACGCUGAUCCCCUUUCUGGCCUAGAAUUCACCAGCGAAUCGAUCGUCACCAUAUGCCGUGAGGGGCUAAUUAAAAUCUGGGCCAGGCCACAACACAGUGAAAACAGCCAGCGGCCAAAUUCUUCUGAGCUGGCAGCUGGUAAUGCCAUCUCAAAGGAUAAGAUGAUAACAUCACCAAACAAAGCAGGCGCAUCCAGCUCUAGCUUCAAGCAACCAUCAUCUGUUAUUUUCUCAUGACCAAAGGCUUUUGCUUGCAUUUUUACCAUGCUUGCUCAGCCAUGGCCACUCAUAUCUUGUCACUAACCUGGCGAUUAGUGACGCAGGGCUUCGCUGGGAAGUCUGCCAGCGACAGAGGCGUACUUCAUAGAUGUCUAUGUGCCAAAAAGAAUAACGGAACUUGCUCCUGUACAGAUACAGAUAUUGUCCCCAGAUGAAUAGUACAAGUUUACCGGUUGUUGUUCCAUAUCAUUUGGCUGGUCUUCCAUAACAUCUCAAUAGAUUAGAGUAUGUACCCAUUCUUUGCAUAUUAAUGGUAUCUUCACUUCUUAGGCGCUCUGGAGGUUACAGAUCAGAUUCCAUUUGCUCCCCAUAACGUUGCUUUCCUGCUUGUGUUAUCCAUGGAACUGUAAAUUACUGUUGUUUAUACAAUGUUUCUGAAUCCCUUUGGGUAUUGUAUUCUAUUUCUUCUUCUUUUGAGUGUUGAUUUGUCACUUGAAUGUAGCUUUAUGAGAAACAAAAUGCUUGAGUUGGCCCACACAAGUUUGAGCCAAGUAUGUUAAGACCAUAA